AUGGAGGACCCUUUUGAGCAGGACGAGGCCCGCAAGGCCGAGUCCGACGCCGUCUUUGGCAAGGAGAACACGGGCAUCAACUUCGACGCCUACGAGGACAUCCCCGUCGAGACCAGCGGCCACGACGUGCCGGCGCACGUGGACACUUUUGAGGAGCUGGACCUCGGCGAGGGCCUCAUGGCCAACAUCCGCCGCUGCAAGUACACCAAGCCCACGCCCGUCCAGAAGUACGCGAUCCCGAUCGGCCUCGGCGGCCGCGACAUGAUGGCGUGCGCGCAGACGGGGUCGGGCAAGACCGCGGCGUUCUGCUUCCCCAUCAUCGCCGGCCUGCUCAAGUCGGGCUACCAGCCCACCGGCCGCCAGCGCAAGGCCUUCCCGGCCGCGCUGGUGCUGGCGCCCACGCGCGAGCUGACGAGCCAGAUCUUUGACGAGGCCCGCAAGUUCAGCUACCAGAGCGGCAUCCGCCCCGUUGUCAUCUACGGUGGCGCCCCCGUCGUCAACCAGCUGCGCGAGAUUGAGCGCGGCUGCGACAUUCUGGUGGCCACCCCCGGGCGCCUGUCGGACCUGAUCGAGCGCGCGCGCGUGAGCCUCAGCGCCAUCCGCUACCUCGCGCUCGACGAGGCGGACCGCAUGCUGGACAUGGGCUUCGAGCCCCAGAUCCGUCGCAUCGUGGAGGGCGAGGACAUGCCGCCGGCUGGCCACCGCCAGACCAUGCUCUUCUCCGCCACUUUCCCCAAGGAGAUCCAGCGCCUGGCGGCCGACUUCCUGCACGACUACAUCUUCCUGACGGUCGGCCGCGUGGGCAGCAGCACGGACCUCAUCGCGCAGCACAUCGAGUACAUGCAGCCCGACCAGAAGAAGGAGACCGUGCUCGACUGCGUCAACACGGUCGAGGGCCUGACGCUGGUGUUUGUUGAGACCAAGCGCGGCGCCGACCAGCUGGAGGACUACCUCCUGCGCCACAGCCUGCCCGCCACCUCCAUCCACGGGGACAAGACGCAGGCCGAGCGCGAGAUGGCGCUGCGCGCCUUCCGCAGCGGCAAGUGCCGCAUCCUGGUGGCGACCGAUGUGGCGGCGCGCGGCCUGGACAUCCCGCACGUCACCCACGUCAUCAACUACGACCUGCCCAAGGACAUCGACGACUACGUGCACCGCAUCGGCCGCACGGGCCGCGCCGGCAAGAAGGGCCUGGCCACGGCGUUCUUCACGGACGAGGACAUCGGCCUCGCCCGCUCCCUCAACGAGGGACGUGUGUGUGCGCGUUGCGGGCUUCUUUUUCGCGCCGCAGGACUGCCUGCACGCCGAGCCGCCUAA